UAGAUAUGUUAAUGACGAUUUUAUUAUAUAUGGAAAAAACUGAUUUUUAAUAUCGAACAGUGUCAUACUGCAAGUUUUCCUUUUAAUUUGUUCCCGAGACUCGGAGGAAAUUAAACAAAGCACCGAUCCCUGCCGUGUCCCUUUGUGUUUGAUGAUGGCGGCUCCGGAGGAUGAAUCUUCCGCUCAGUCUCAAUCAUCCUCUGCCACUGCCGCUCCUACCCCUCCUCCGUCGUCUUCCCCUUCCUCCGCCGGGGAUCAUUACCUCGCCAAGUGCGUCCUCCGCCCCAGCGUCGUUCUCCAGGUUGCAUAUGGCUACUUCCGCUCUCGUUCCUCCCGCGACAUAGUUUUCGGAAAGGAAACCUGCAUAGAAUUGGUGGUUAUUGGUGAAGACGGGAUCGUUGAAUCUGUGUGUGAACAGAAUGUGUUCGGAACAAUUAAGGAUUUGGCUGUCAUACCUCAGAGUAAUAAACUAUAUUCAAAUAGUUUCCAGAUGGGAAAAGACCUCUUGGCUGUUCUUUCUGAUUCUGGGAAGCUCUCAUUUCUCUCAUUUAGCAAUGAAAUGCACAGGUUCUCGCCCAUACAACAUGUUCAACUUUCUAGUCCAGGGAACUCAAGGAUUCAACUUGGAAAAAUGCUUACUGUAGAUUCCAGGCAAGUUUUCAUGCUAGUUUCUAUAAACCAUGGUUUUAUUACUGGUCUCUUUCUUGCUGUCAGCGCGUAUCAUGAUUCUUUUGCUCUGUUUUCCCUCUCAACGUCGUCUAUGGGUGAUAUAAUUCGCAAGAGGAUUUGCUAUCCUUCUGAAGACGGAGGGAAUGGAAGCUCUUUAGAAGCAAUAUCUGGUACUAUUUGGAGCAUGUGUUUCAUUUCUAAAGAUGUAAAUGAAUCCAAGGAGUAUGAUCCUGUUCUUGCCGUUGUUUUAAAUAGGAAAGGGGCUCCCCUGAAUGAACUGGUUUUGUUUAGAUGGAAUGUCAAAGACGAGUCCAUUUGUUUCGUAUCACAGUAUGUUGAAGCUGGGGCACUAGCACAUAGUAUUGUUGAAGUUCCUCACUCCUCUGGAUUCGCCUUUCUGUUCAGGAUCGGUGAUGCGCUCUUAAUGGAUCUUAGAGAUCCUCAAUACCCUUGCUCUUUGUUUAGGACAUGUUUAGAUCGUGUUCCUGCUUCAUUAAUGGAAGAGCAUUUUGUUGAAGAGUCGUGUAGAGUACAAGAUGGUGACGAUGAGGGUCUUUUUAAUGUUGCUGCAUGUGCUUUGUUAGAGCUCAGGGAUUAUGAUCCCAUGUUGUUAGAUACUGAAAGUGACAUUGGGAAGUUGAGCUCUAAGCAUGUCUCUUCUUGGACUUGGGAGCCGGAAAAUAAUCAUAAUCCCAGGAUGAUUAUUGGCUUAGAUGAUGGUGAAUUUUUCAUGUUUGAACUCUUAUAUGAAGAUGAUGGGGUUAAAGUUAAUCUAUCAGAGUGUUUAUACAAAGGCUUACCAUGCAAGGAAAUUUUGUGGGUCGAAGGUGGGUUCCUGGCUACGUUCGCUGAAAUGGCAGAUGGAACGGUUUUCAAAUUGGGAACUGAUAAGCAACAUUGGAUGAGGAUGAGUUCUAUACAAAAUAUUGCUCCGAUCUUGGAUAUUUCGGUUGUGGAUGUCCAGAAUGAGAAACAAGACCAAAUGUUUGCUUGCUGUGGUGUAACGCCUGAAGGCUCUUUAAGAAUUAUUCGUAGUGGCAUUAAUGUAGAAAAACUUGUGAAAACCGCACCUGUUUAUCAAGGAAUAACUGGUACUUGGACUGCUAAAAUGAAGCUUACUGAUGUGUACCAUUCAUUUCUUGUUCUGUCAUUUGUUGAGGAGACGAGGGUAUUAUCAGUUGGAUUAAGUUUUAAAGAUGUCACUGAUUCAGUUGGUUUCCAGCCUGAUGUUUGCACCUUGGCAUGUGGGCUUGUUGCCGAUGGUUUGCUGGUUCAGAUUCACCAAGAUGCAAUAAGGCUGUGCAUGCCCACCAUGGAUGCCCAUUCUGAUGGUAUUUCUGACUCUUCACCGUUUUUCUCCUCUUGGUUUCCAGAUAAUGUCAGUAUCAGCUUGGGGGCAGUUGGUAAAGAUCUGAUAGUUGUCUCUACGUCUAACCCUUGUUUCCUGUCUAUUCUUGGGGUCAAAUCACUAUCAAGACAAUGCUGCGAAAUCUAUGAAAUUCAACGCGUAACAUUGCAGUAUGAAGUUUCCUGCAUCUCAAUUCCUCAAAGAUAUAUUGGGAAAAAGAGGUCCCGUGCUGCCGCCCUGGAUAAUAGUUGCAAAGCUGCGAUUCCUUCUGGUAUGGAGCGAGGCUAUACGUUUUUGAUUGGCACACAUAAGCCUUCAGUUGAGGUCAUCUCCUUCUCAGAAGAUGGUGUUCGAGUUCUUGCUUCUGGUUUGGUAUCGCUAACAAACUCAUUGGGAACUGCUAUUAGUGGAUGUAUUCCUCAAGACGUAAGGCUCGUGUUAGUGGAUCAAGUUUAUGUCCUUUCUGGGUUGAGAAAUGGAAUGCUGCUCCGUUUUGAGUGGCCUCCCUUUUCACAUUCAUCCGGGUUGAACUGCCCAGAUUAUAGUAGUCACUGUAAAGAAGAGAUGGACAUGGUUGUGGGUGAAAGAGACAAUUUACCCGUCAACCUUGUGUUAAUUGCUACCCGACGCAUCGGCAUCACACCUGUUUUUCUGGUUCCGUUCAGUGACUCACUGGAUUCAGACAUCAUAGCUCUUAGUGACAGGCCAUGGUUGUUACAAACAGCUCGACAAAGUCUUUCUUAUACUUCCAUUGCAUUCCAACCAUCUACUCAUGCAACACCUGUAUGCUCCUCUGAAUGCCCUCAAGGAAUUCUUUUCGUUGCAGAGAACUGUUUACAUCUGGUGGAGAUGGUGCACAGCAAACGGCUUAAUGCGCAAAAGUUUCACCUUGGAGGCACUCCACGAAAGGUUCUCUACCAUAGUGAAAGCAAACUAUUGAUUGUGAUGAGAACUGAUUUGUAUGAUGCAUGUGCGUCUGAUAUAUGCUGUGUGGACCCGCUCAGUGGGUCAGUGUUGUCAUCCUACAAGCUCAAACCUGGAGAAACUGGAAAGUCAAUGGAGCUUCUACGUGUGGGGAAUGAGCAGAUCCUUGUGGUGGGGACGAGUCUGUCUUCUGGUCCUGCUAUACUACCUAGUGGUGAAGCUGAAAGUACAAAAGGACGAUUAAUCAUUCUCUGCCUAGAACACAUUCAAAACUCGGAUAGUGGCUCAAUGACAAUUUGUUCAAAGGCUGGUUCAUCUUCCCAGCGUACAUCACCUUUUCGUGAUGUUGCGGGAUAUACAACAGAACAACUAUCAAGCGGUAGUCUUUGCAGCAGUCCAGAUGAUAACAGCUAUGAUGGAAUCAAACUUGAUGAAGCUGAAACAUGGCAGUUAAGAUUGGCCUCUGCAACCACUUGGCCCGGAAUGGUACUUGCGAUCUGUCCGUACCUUGAUCAUUACUUCCUAGCCUCUGCUGGCAAUGCUUUCUAUGUAUGUGGAUUUCCGAACGAUAGUCCUGAGAAAAUGAAGAGGUUUGCGGUGGGAAGGACUCGUUUCAUGAUAACAUCUCUACGCACAUACUUCACUCGAAUUGUUGUUGGGGAUUGCCGUGACGGUGUUCUAUUUUAUUCUUAUCACGAGGAUGUGAAGAAACUUCAGCAAAUAUAUUGUGAUCCAGCGCAGAGGUUAGUUGCUGAUUGCUUUCUAAUGGAUGCCAAUUCUGUUGCUGUAUCGGAUCGCAAGGGGAGUAUAGCUAUCCUGUCUUGUAAAGAUCACUCAGACUUUGAAUAUUCAAGUCCGGAGUCCAAUUUGAAUCUAAACUGUGCUUAUUACAUGGGUGAGAUUGCCAUGGCUAUCAAAAAGGGUUGCAACAUUUACAAACUUCCAGCUGAUGAUGUACUGCGAAGUUAUGGUCUUAGUAAAAGUAUUGAAGCGGGUGAUGACACUAUCAUAGCGGGCACGCUAUUGGGAAGCAUAUAUGUCUUUUCCCCUAUUUCAAGGGAGGAAUAUGAGCUCCUAGAAGCUGUUCAAGCAAAGCUCGUGGUCCAUCCGCUUACUGCUCCUGUUCUUGGUAAUGAUCAUGAGGAGUUCCGAGGUCGAGAGAAUCCGUCCCAAGCAACAAAGAUAUUGGACGGUGACAUGCUUGCUCAGUUCUUGGAGCUUACAAAUAGGCAGCAGGAGUCAGUUUUAUCGACACCUCAUCCAUCACCAAGCACAUCAAAAGCAAGUUUAAAACAACGUUCAACUCCGCCGCCUCUCAUGCUACACCAAGUGGUACAGUUGCUCGAGCGUGUGCAUUACGCUUUGCAUUAGGUCAUCCUCUUCACAGUCCCCUCUCUUCCCGAGGCUUGCAACUUAUAAAGCAUGUCAGCUCCACUAUUGAUGGUUUCGAUGAUUCGGCCUGGAUGCAAAGAGUUGGAAAAUAUCCAGUAUCCAGAGUCUUAGGAGCUGCCUUGUGUCUUGAGGGCAGAUGAGUUUAACGACUAAUCCUUAUUCUCUCUCUCUCCAUCAUUUUGUAGAGGAUUACUUCCCUAUGUACAGAAGUUGAGAUGUGGGUAUCAUCAUUGUGUAUAGAAAGAAUAACCAAUUUUUUUUUUAUGUUACUUAAAAGUAAAGGGAUGCAAAUGAAUUAUUGAUAUUAAAGGAUGUGUUUGGAUUAGCAUACUAUUUUUAUUAUUUUUAAAUAUGGGAAACUUGUGUCGAUCACAAGGCUUCCUUUGAUGGGCCAGGGUCUACAAUAGUUUGAUGGUUUCUUAUAUCUAGACCAAAACCAUUGAUGUUGGAGCUGGUUCGUCAACCGAUA